AUGCUUGAUAGCUACGGAGUGACCUCCGUCAUUGCGAAGCCCCGAGUCUCCAUCAUAAAAGCUUUGCAAUUACCCAUCGUUCAAAUUCGAUCUUCAAAGCAAGUCAUCGAAAUGCCGAGCACAGAAUCUCAAUUGCCUGAGCAAGGCUGUUUGGUACCACCAGGAAAUCAAACAGGAAUAUAUUAUAUUGUCGUGGCUGGGUUGCCUUGGAAUACCUCAUGGCAGUCACUCAAGGAUUUCGCCAAGCGCGUGUCUGAUGGGACUCAACUCAAUAUCGACUAUGCCAUGGUUUAUCCUGGAUCUACUGAUGGGUGGGUGAGGGUGGUAGGCUUGAAGCCUUUUCGAAAAGUCCUAGCGAGACUUGAUGGAGGUGCUUUUAACAAUCGUAACUUGAUCGCAGACGGUCGUAACGAAACGCAAUAUUUGAAUCUUCGUGCCAUGAAACCAGCGCAACUGCAAAAACCUUCAACCCAACAAACCUGUCAAUCUUCACAUCCAUCUCGUCCUCCCACACCAUCCUACAGCUACGAUUCUCCUCCACAAUCCCCUUGCUACUACGCUCCCUCCCCAGCAACAUCCUACUAUUUCGAUCCUCAAUCUCCACCCACACAGUGGAACUACACACCCCAUCCCUCCCCCGUCUUCCUCCCCGUCCAAUUCGUCCCUUACAUCCUCUCACCAACCUUCACCCUCGACACCUCCAUGCCUCCACCACCCACCCACCGACGCUUCAAACAACGCACCCCAACCUAUCCCGCACGACCAUCUAAAGGCCGCUACACUUGUCCCAAUCCACCGCACGACACGACUUACGUCCAAUACUACGCCAACUCGCAACGCAGCGGCAGUGUGUCCUCGUCGUCUACAUACACGCUCCUGUCCUCAGCCACGGAAUCAGUGACAUCGCUAGAGGAUAGUAGAAUGGCGCUUUGUGUCACGCCGCCGCCGAGAGCGGCCAGGACGCCGGGGGUGGUGGACGGGAGUUGUGCUGGGAUGCGAGUUGACUUGGGAGUGUAG